UUCGGCUCUGAGACCUUGUGGCGCCCCUUUCUAAAGUUCGUACCACUGGUCGUGACAGAGACGAGACAUGGAGGAGUCAAAAGGGACUUUGGCAAAGAAGAUUGUGAUCAAUAGCGUCAUUGCUUAUGGAGUCUUUGGUGCAGUUCAAGUCUUUUAUCGUUUGUGGAAAGGCUUCACGGUCUCCUCGCGCAUGAGAGAAGUGCUGAAGGAUAUGCCCGGCACCAAGGGUGCAGGUCACGACGCCCCAGCGGGUUGGAUCCGAGACUUACAACGGAAUUUGUACCGCUUGCAUGACUGGCGCCUGGAGAUCUGUGAGGGUCGGCCCAUUUCCAAAAACCUGGGCUUCUCUUGGAGCCCGGCGCCAUAUACCCUGCUGGCCAAUGAUCCAGCCAUUGUGCGCCACAUCUUGAAAGAUGAGUUCUCAAAGUAUACCAAGCCGGAUAGCAGCAUUGAUCCCUUCUUCUACUACUUUGAAGACUUCUUGGGCAGCGGCAUCUUUGUGCAAAAGCAUGGUGUCGGUUCCGAGGAUGACGGCCAGGAGUGGACGAAGAUGCGGAAAGUCUCAGCGCAGAUCUUCAACCGAAAGAACUUCAACAGCAUGAUGCAGGAUGUCUUCAUCGAAAAAGCAGAAGUGCUCCGCCGUUUCCUGGAGAGGAAAUUUGUGUCCGAGCCGGCGAGCGAUGCUGACGCUGUGGAUAUCCAAGCAUGCUUCUUCAAUUUCACCUUUGACAGCAUCAUGCGCAUUUUCUUUGGAGAAGACACCAACACCGCAGAGGGCCAAAAGAAUACCUAUGGCCAGGCUUUUGAUGAUGCAAAUGCCGCAUCUCGAACGCACGGAGUGGACUCCAUCGCUCCUUUCAUGAUCUUUACAACCUUCUUGCCGUGGCCCUUUGGUGGAAAAAAUGGUGGCUUUGCCCGCGCCAUCUAUGACUUCCUAUCUCCCCAACACCGACAGCUCAGGAGAUGUACCAAGAUCCUGGAUCGAGAAGCCAAUCGCUUAGUGAAGAACUGCCUUGAGGAUCCAAAGUUCUUGGAAAGAAAAGAUCUGUUGGCUCUGUUUCUGCAGGCAAAGUUCAGCAGUGACUUUGUGAAGCAGAUGGUGCUUCACUUGAUCAUUGCAGGAAGGGACACCACUGCUUGCUUGUUGUCUUGGAUGGUCUAUGAACUCACCAAGAACCAGGAUGUCCAACAGCGACUUCAUGAUGAGAUCAUGCAGAAAUUGCCUCCUGGGAAAGCCAUGGACUGGAAGAGUCUGUCCCCAAAUGAGAUGCCCUAUUUGAACGGGGUGAUCUACGAAGCCUUGCGCAUAUGGCCCCCGGUGCCCUUUGACCUGAAGAUGGCCUUCGAAGAUGAUGUGCUUCCAGGUGGUUGGAAGGUGCCCAAGUUCGCCAGCGUUGCCUUCAUCCCAUACAACAUGGGUCGGGAUCCUGAGAGAUAUCCGGAACCUCUUCACUUCCGUCCUGAGAGGUGGAUUCCAUUCAACGCUCCACCGCAACAUGAGUUUCCAGUCUUCCAAGCGGGGCCCAGAAUUUGCUUGGGAAUGGACAUGGCCAUUUUUGAGGCCAAGACCGCCACAGUGGAGUUGUUACGCCAUUGCCGCUUCGAAAUGGUGCCCGGACAGGAGAUCACCUACGGCGACAAGAUCACCAUGGACAUCAAGAGCAACGGCAAAGAGCAGUUCUUGGUGUACGUGAAGCCAUGGUAAUUCGGAUCUGAAAAAUGUGGUAGAGUUUCUAGCUGGUAACGGAAAAUUCCCCUUUGAGAUAUCAUGGAAAAACAUAUUUAAACAAGUGAUUGCAUGAACAUGUGGAUUUCCGUUAGGCCCCUUAGGUAAGGUUGAAAAACCAGCAGUAAUUACUCGAAAUCACGGUGGCCAGGUGCCAAACUGCGCCCAGUGAAUUUCGUUGCACGGCUGCCACAAGGGCAGAACAAGAGCCGUUGUACCGGAUCGGUGCUCGGAUCUUAGCGUUCCCCCAGCCGCGGCGAAAAGA